AUGCCCACCCCCGUCAAUGGUUCCGACAUCGCUGGUCCACCAUGUUCGCCAGGCUCCAAAGCCAAGGCUGCUGCUGCCAUGUCUCCUUCAACCUCUUCCUCCUCCGCUUUUCUUUCCGCAAACCAUCCGCUCAAUCUCCGCAAGCAAGCUCAGCCCAAGCUCGACUCUAGCUUCAGCGUCAAGACCUACAUCGGUGCUGCCAAUGCCUUGCUCGAUAAGGCAAGAGCCGCAGAUGCACAGAGCCAGAUCGAAGUCGCUUUCGUCAACUAUCUCAAAGCCGCCAACGUCACUGCCUUCAUCUCGAAGCAUGAUGACUGGCCCAAGAUCCAAAAGUCGCGCGACUCUGUCUAUCAGGCGUACAACGAGCUGAUGAAGCAAGCUCCUGCUUUCAUAGAGCGUACCAAGCGAUUAGAGACUCAGCUGGCCAUUCGAGAAGAGCGUAAUGCAAAAGCAGCAGCACAAGCCGCAGUCGAGCAAGCUCAGAAUGCAAUGCGCCAACGACAAGCUCAACCGCCAGGCGAUUCCGCUCUUCGUGCUCAAGCGCCAUCAUCGCAUCCACUCUCCUCACAUACAGGUGCCCCUAUGGCCAUGGCUGCUAUCCAUCGCUCUGGCUCUUGGCACGAUUCGGAUGAGCAUCAUGCUGCACAUCCUACUCACCCUUCUCCCCUCAUUGAUCAGCACGCAACAAGCUGCUCCCUUGCCGAUCGUCUUCAAGCGCUUCGCAAUACUGCAGCCAGCCAUCCUGCCGAGCUCCGCAACCCCGGUCGAUCUGAUAGUGCCUCUUCUACUCCUGGCUUACCGAGGAGCGCCCAUCUCGCAUCUCACCUUGAAGCACUUGCACAAGAUCCUCCUUCCGCUUCCUCUAAUGGCACAUUCGACAUGCACAACUUCAGCAACACCUUGCCGGACGCACCAUCACCAUCAUCAUCAUCAGCAGCAGGAGGCCAACCUCACUUUCCAGCUGUACCUUCCGCUUCCGAGUUCAACUCCGCGUACCCGACCAUCGAUCAGCUUGAAGCCGGCUCGUCCAACACGCCAGAUGGCUUCCCUUCACCACCAUCCCAUCCGGUUGGCAAAGUCUCACGACCAUUACCAGCACCACCAAGUUCGAGCGAGCAGGAUGUAGCGCGCGAGUUUGCACUAGCACGCCAUGUUCCACAACCAUUGGAGCGAGUAGGUGGCCAGCAGCAAAGGCAGAUCGAUGGCUUGCCCAACCAAGAUCCUCGUCGAUUCAGUCUACAGCAAUUCAACUCGCACUAUUCCAGCAGUUCAGCCGUCCCCACCUUGCAGCAACAAGGACAGCACCAGCAGCAAAUAGCACCAGGCGGAUCAGCAGCCGAACCACGCUCACUCAUCGUCGGCGCCAAACCCACACUACCCAUCAAGAACCACAUCUCGGUCGAAGAACUCUUCAACUUUCUCCAUCCCGGUUUCCAAAACUUCACGGAUGCAGAUGGCAAGCCCAAGAUUGGCAAGAAGGUCGGUCUCGAUGUGCUUUUGCUCGACGUCCGCAGUCGAGCCGAGUUUGAAGAUGGGCGCAUUCUUGGCGGCAAGACAGUCUGUAUCGAGCCUAUUACGCUGCGAGAGGGUAUGACUUCGGGCGAUAUCGAGGAUAAGCUCCUUCUCUCGCCUCCAGAGGAGCGGUUGGCCUUUGCAUCUCGCAACCGAUUCGAUUUGGUUGUGUUAUAUGAUCACAACCUUCGAUCGCUCAGGGGCAGUGUACCGGAGGAUAAGGUGCCGCAAGAUCCAGCAGCGCAGGCGAGGAUGGAUAUCUUGGUCAAGGCGAUCUACGAGAACGAGUUUACAAAGACGUUGGCACAUCAGCCCGUCUUACUCGUCGGUGGAUUCCAGAGUUGGACGCAGGAGCUAGACAAGAAGUUGAUUUUGCGAAGUGCAGGAGCAGUGGAUGGGAAUGCCAACGGGCAUCCGCAUAGGAGUAGCAUCUCCUAUGAGCCAGGCACAAGCUUCCCUACCGCAGAAAACGCAGGGAUGGCGAGGGAACAGGAGUUGAAGCGUGCAAGAAGACAGCAGCAGGUGUUUGCCGAUGGUUUCCCACCCUCUUCUGCUCCAGGAUCGCCCGCAAGGACAGGAGGAAUGCAACCCGGAGGAAUCUACCCCAGCAGAGCGACGACGAAUGGGACGAGCUCGCCGUUCGCAGCUCCAUCGUUGCCAGCUCGUGCCUAUCAAGGUUCGAAUGCACUUGCAUCUGGUGCUCCCUCCUUCCCACCUGCAGCAGCACACCGACCUCCUUCCCGCUCCAACUCCUCCAGCACUUUCGACUAUCCUCAACUCAAGCCAAGCUCAGCAACAGGUGCAAUGUCACCGUACGGUAUGCCCACACCUCAGCCUCCACCCAUGGCAGCCUCCACCGCCACUCCAUCUGCAGCAACAACCAACGCCGCUGCCGCCCACAAUCGUUCUCAGUCGGCCGCUGGAGGUCCCAUGAUCCCCGGCACUGGAUCCGCAGGUGGCAAUGAUCCCUCGAAAAAGCAAGUCAUGGCUCCUGGCUAUGCAGGCCAUCUCAGCACCCAAUCCUCUCGCAUCUACACCAGUCCCACCAACGGCCGCAGUGUAGACGAGAGCAAGUUCGGUCUCACGGGUCUUAAGAACCUCGGCAACUCGUGCUACAUGAAUUCCACCUUGCAGUGUCUCUCUGCCACUAUCCCACUGGCUAGAUUUUUGCUGGAUGGAUCAUACAAGCAAGCGAUCAACCGUACCAACCCUUUGGGUACUCAAGGACAGCUGGCUAACACACUCGCCGGCCUCAUCCACGUCAUGUGGGGAGAAAAGUACGCAUUCAUCUCGCCGGUCACGUUCAGGGAAGCCAUGGCGAAAUUCGCACCCUCUUUCCGAGGAUACGACCAACACGAUUCGCAAGAGUUCCUUGCUAUCUUGUUGGAUGGUCUCCACGAGGAUUUGAACUACGUAGUAACUCGACCAGCUGCGAUCGAGAUGACACCGGAGAGGGAGAAUGAGUUAGAGACGUUGCCGCAACAGAUUGCAAGUCUCAAGGAAUGGUCGAUCUAUCGUAUGCGAAAUGACAGUUUGGUGGUGGAUUGCUUCCAAGGUCAGUUCCGAAACAAACUUACCUGUCUCACCUGUGGCAAAACGUCGACGACCUACGAGGCUUAUACAUACCUCUCCCUGCCUGUCCCACAUGGUCGGGGAGCGAACAAGGUUACACUGCAGCAAUGUCUCGACGCUUUCGUUCGAGAAGAAGUUCUGGAUAAGGCGGAUAUGUGGAAUUGUCCACGAUGCAAAAAGCCAAGAAAAGCAACCAAGCGAUUAUCCAUCUCUCGACUCCCCCACAUCCUUCUCAUUCAUCUCAAGAGGUUCAGCUUCAAGGGUCCCUUCACGGAUAAGAUCGACACUACCGUUACUUUCCCAACCAACACCUCGCUGGAUUUGACCAACUACAUGCCCCCACCUCUCCCACCAGGUAGUGCAGGUGCAGGUGCCCUGGUCAGUCAAAGUCAAAAACCACCUUACCUUUAUGAUCUCUACGCAGCAACUCAUCACUUUGGAAGCCUCAAUACAGGCCACUACACAGCAACCGUACGGUGCAAUAAAGAAUGGUGGUAUUGCGACGAUAGUAGGAUCCUCAAGGGCGACGGUAGACAGUUGCAUACCAACAGUCCGUAUGUUUUAUGGUUCAGACGCAGGCCUAACUAG